AGCACCCUCGGGGGGGAGAUGAUGCCUCGACUCCCCGGCCGCGCGGGGCUCCUCCUCGGCGUGGUGCUGCUGACGGCGCUGCUGGCCGCGGGGCGAGGGCUCCCCCUGCGGAAGCCGCGGGGCCCUGCGCCCCGGCCCGGGAGUCACGCGAGGCUGGCGGAGGUCUUGGCCUCCCCAGAUCCCAGCUCUCCUGGAGAAGAGGGGGCACCUCUGUUCUCCAGAGCCCGCCUCCAGGCAGGGCCACGCCAACACAGGUGCCGGGCCCUCAGAGAGCCAGCAGCCCUGACUCUGGACCAGAGUUCCUUGCCUGGGACUCUGGAGGAUGCUCCCUUGCUGCUGGAGCUGCAGAAGCUGCCGGGAUUGGCCAACACAGACUUGAGUGCCCCGAACCCCAACAUCCAGGUGACCAUCGAGGUGGUGGAGGACCCCCAGGCUGAGGUGGAGAUGGACCUGAUGGCUGAGCCCAGCAAUCGCUGGCCCCAGGGCGCCCCCAACUGGCUGCCCACCAAGGAACUCUUCUGGCCCCUAUUCUGGGGCUACCUGGAGGGCGAGGAGGGGAGGACCAAUGUCAAGGGCAGAGCACCAGGGGAAGAGGAGGAAGUGGAGGAGGAGGGUUACCCUCCAGAGUACAGUGAGACUGAGGACCAGGAGGACGACGACGAGGAAGACGACGAUGACAAGGAGCCUGGGUUCAGUGGGGCCACAGGAGGCCUGGAGCAGGGCUGGCUGUCCCCUGGGGACUGGGCCUUCAAGGAGCCAGACAGCUAUGACCAUGAGCUUCAAGAGGAGUGGAGCCCCUGGUCUCCCUGCCCUGGGAGCUGCAGCGGCGGCAGCCAGCGGAGGACUCGGCCCUGCGGCUCCGCCUGCACUGCUACCAAGUCCCGUGCCUGCGACCUGCCCUGUCCUGGCGCCGAGGAUGAGGACCCCUUGGGCUUCCCCAGUGAGGGGUGGCAGCCCCUGGCCCACAAUGCUAUGGACAUGCUCAGCCCAGAUGUGGACAGCUGUGAGAAGUGGCUGAACUGCAAGAGUGACUUCCUAGCCAAGUACCUGAGCCAGGUGCUGCGGGACUUGCCCAGCUGCCCGUGCGCGUACCCGCUGGAAGUCGUGUACAGGGCCGUGAGCCUGCCGGAGGAGCGGCAGGGCCGCAGCUUCCGGUGGAGGGACGCCAGCGGCCCGCGGGAGCGCCUGGAUGUGUACCAGCCCACGGCCCGCUUCUGCCUGCGCUCUCUGCUGUCGCUGCAGAGCAGCACGCUGGCCGCCCAGCACUGCUGCUACGACGCGGGCAGCCGGCUGCUGACCCGGGGCAAGGGUGCGGCUGCGCCCGACCUCGUCAGCACCGACAUCUCGCCUGAGCUGCACUUCAAGGUGGACACGCUGCCCUGGCUCCUGUGUAAGGGGGACUGGAGCCGCUACCACGCCGUGCGGCCCCCCAACAAUGGCCGGGCCUGCGCGGACAACCCUCCUGAGGAGGAGUACCUGGCCCAGCUGCAGGAGGCCAAGGAGUACUAGUGGGCAGGGGGCGGCUGUGCUCCAGAACUUUCCUUGCAGCCCCCUCACCCUGCCUCUGCCCAGGUCUGAUGAGGCCAGGCUGGUGCCCCGGGCCCUCUACCUUUGAACCUGAGGCAGGGAGGUGAGCAGCUCGGCUGUUGCCCUGGGGAAGGGGAGAAGGCUGAGAUGGGUAUAGGGCCCAGGCUGAGAGGAGGAACCUGCCCCCAAGGCCCCCCAGGGUGCUGGGAAAUGUGUGUAUGUGGGGGCCUCUCUCCUGCCCGCUAGGAGGCGCUGUCCCAGCCUGGCCACCCAUUUUCCUUCCUCUCCUCUAAGCCGGGCCCUUCUGCCCUGGCUCUGUGUGCAGCUGCGAGCGGGGCUCUCCACUCAUACCUGGAUCGAUCAGGCCGAGCAGUGAGUCACUCAGACCCCGAGCCCUGGGGAGUCCCGAGUCCUUCCAUCCCGCCCACAGCUGCCCUGGGCCCUGGCCCUCUUGCCUCACCCCCUGCUGGGAAGGUUCUCCUCAGCUCCCAGCUGCCUUCCGUGGACCCUCGUUGAAGGCAAUGCGUGGGGCCGUAAGUGGAGGGAGGUGCUGAGGCAGCCAAGACAUGGCAGGAUCCAGGUGGGGGCGGUCAACGACUUCUGGUCCCUUUCUUUGUCCAGCUCACACCUCUGUUCUGUCCAGGUUGAAGGUGUGUCGGGGCUGGGAGAUGGCACAGUCCUGAAUGGACACAGCAGUCAAGCUUGGGGUAGCUCAGGACCCGCCCAGGAGGAUAUGUUAUGUGCAGGCUACUUAGGUAGAUCAUUUCGCCAGGCCAUGGGGGGAGGAGGGGCAGCCCCAGUUUGUAGCAUUUGGGCAAUUUCUGUGGUGUAAACAUUCCCACUGGGGCCCACUUCAAGCUCCCAAGGUGAUGUCAUUGAAUGCACUGAGCUCAGAGAUGCAGGGGAUCAGCUCUCACGCCUCUUGCCUCUUUCCUGCCUCCCCUCCCUCCCCCACCCCAACACUUCCUUGCUGACGUCUCUAUUCACCAAAGCCUCCAAAAGGUAGGGGACUUCAGUCUUGGCCCCUAGACAGCUGACCUGAAGCUCUGUGGGAGCCUUGGCAAUAAAGCACUUUAUUUUCAAAUUCUGUUUGAUGAAGAAUUUGGGGACCUAGCAGAGCAGAGGGGUGAGGGAGCCCUUGCUUACAGCCCAAGCCUAUCUCCCAUUGGCCGUGUUGGUGACCACCCAACCCAGCUGGCCAGGCAGAGCUCCUAGGGCACAGAGCUUAGACUAAACAUCAGUUAUCCUUACUUGCACCCAUAAAGGGUUGCCUGGGAGGCAGCUUGGAGCUAGCAGGACCUCAGGGGCACAUUCAUUCUAAGUCCUUUGGUCAGAGAGGUAAAUUGCAUAUACACUGGAGGAAGAGGCCCUACUUCCCCAGGUAACUUGCUGCAAGGUGAUCCAAUGCGGAGUUGUCCAAAGGACUAUACCUGUAAGAUAACCGAGGAGGACUGUACCCUGCCUUAGUUGGUACCCUCACCAGACACUCCACUGUCACGGCUGGCAUUUGGUGAAGUCAGAGACACAUCAGCAGAAUGAGAUAAGAUGUGUUCAGAGCCACACCUGGAAAAGCUCAGCGGGCCAGAUGUUUCCCAUUUCCAUCACACCUGGAGGUAAGUUUCUUAGUCUGAUCCUGGAUCACAGUCUAGCAGUAUUCUAGCACAAUCAGAAUAUUUCGGGGUCAGGGAGGGCGGGAUCUCAGGAUACUAGAUGGAAGCCAAGUUCACGUCCCUCUUGCUUGUCUGGGGAACUCAAUAUGAUUGGCCAGGAAUGUUUUGAUUAUGUUUUAGAAGAAACUUAAAUAAGAUAGAGCUAGCCAAGGGUCUGUUUUCAUAGAAAACUGCUAAUAUAAUUUACCUUGACGCUUAGAAUACACUGCCUAAAUUUAAUCUAUUCCUAAUGCUUGCCUAUUACCCAGACUGAAGGUAGCCACCCCUAAUUUUUUUUAUCUCUGACAUGAAAAGGGAGCUGGCAAGGAGAAUUGAAGGGGCUGGUAUUUAUUCAAACUGUACAAAAGAGACACUGUGCAGGUGGCUGUGGGCUUAGGGAACACCUGUGUGAUGAGAAGUAGUUGUGGAGGGGUCACUGACCCUGUUAAAGGGAGGAUUUCAGCAAUGGCCAGUAUCAGAGCCAGGAGGGCCUGUGAAAUCCGAGAGGACCCUCCUGCCCUCGGUCCAGUGUCGGUCACAUCCUGGGCUCGUCUGACCGUUCUCAGCCCAGACACCAGGAGCCCUCCGUGGCCAU